AUGUACCGCCUUUGGAAUAUCCGGCGUACUCAGCCUGCCCGGGCCCCCCGGAAGUGGGUCCCCAUUCUGGGGGAGCUGCAGAAGACCCUCCAGACGGGCGAGUACCUGCCCCUCCGCCCGCUGCCCAUGUUCGAGAGUAACUUUGUUCAGGUGACAAAUUGUGGGAGCCCUGUGUUUGUGCAUCAUAGAACCAACAGGCUGACCAUGGGCGUGGCAGCCUCUCUGCCUGGCCUGGUGCUGCCAGACAUCUUGCUGAUUGCUCAGCCCCCUGAGGACAGGGACUGCUCCGGCCUCAUGCUGACCAGGAUGAUCCCACUAGACCUUGUCCACCUCUACGUCCACGACCUAUAUGCCUGGCGCCUGAAGCUGUGCCUGGUCACUGGCCGCUAUUACUACCUGGAGCUAGACGCCCCUGACAAUGAGGGCUUCCUGUUUGACCGCUGGAUCUGUCUUAUCAACCUGCUUCGGAGCCUACCAGCAACUGGGACCAGAGCCACAGAGGACUUACAGGUCCCCAACUGCAAUUUCAAGUCUCAGGCUGUGGGUGACUCCAUGCCUCUUGUUUGGUCCCAGAUGGAACAAUCUGACGUUAGGAAAAGAGGCACAGGAAAAAAGUCUCACCCAGAUGCCGGGUAUGAUAGGUCUAACGCUGAGAUACACGUUUCUGACAAAGCCAGCAUCACUAUCCGCACCAUCUUCAGCAUAAUUUCCAGAACUAUCAACCAGGGACAGUCCUCUUCAAAGGCCAGCCAUGUACACCGGCCGGGAGGUUUGAUCGAGACCCCUUUACGCUGUAUCUCGGCCUGCAGACCUGAUCUCACCUUUCUGGGCCCCUGUGGUCAGCUAGACAUGGUCCUCUGGCAACAAGAUCUUCAAGACCUCAUGGACCCUGAAUCCAGCACUUUGUCCUCAUCCUCCUUGAGCCUAACUCCCUAUCCUCCUGCCUUCUACCUCUCUUCACCCAUCUCCCACCUAAGGUCUGGUCACAAGGCCAGGUCUAUGAGCUUUCGGCACUGCCAGAGACCACCACCCUCCUGGAAGGCCCCCAACUGCCCAGUGGCCUCAUGGAAAGCACCAGUCAUCAUGGACCAGUCCCAUAAGGUGUUGGCUGUACCUGCUCUAUCACGGAAGGCCCCACCUCUUUGCUCUCCAUCCCGGAAGAUCACAGUUGUACCUCGGUCAUCCCCAAAGGCCUCUGCCAUACUCGCUAUUUCCCAGAGGGCUUCAGCCAUACCUGGCCUUUCCCGGAAGGCCCCACCUGGAUUGAAGACUCUGUCCUUAACACAGAAGGUCACACGUGCACCUGCUAUUCCCCAGAAAGCCACGUCCCGCCCUGUCCUAAAGAAGCUACCUCUGGUCCUUCCCACCCCAUCCUGGAAGACUCCAUCCUCACCUUCCCAACACAAGAAGGUGUUAGGCUCACCCACCUCACAGCAGAAGGGCCCUAGCGGUCUUCAUGUGUUGGCAGCAACAAUUCCUGGAGGGGAGGUUCUGGAGCAAAGCAAGCCUGACCGGAAACCCGAGCCUGUGGUGUUUGUGGGCACCCAGGAGACAAAAGUAGUAGAGACAAGGACCCAGACGAAAUCUCUGGAGCAACCCUUCACUACAACCAAGAAGGAGUCUAAGGAGUUUGUGAUUCGCAAAACCCAGGUGGUGAACCUGGAGGGCCUCAAGGGCAAGAGGAAGUCAGAGGGCAGGACCCACAGGAUGAAGGAGAAGACAUCCUUGGACACGCCCAACAUGAGAUCCAAGAAGGUGGAACAGCAGAAAAGGUGGGUCAAGACCCAGGAACUGGCCAUCGAGGUCCCUUCCAAGGAGUACAGCAGACCCUUUUCUGUGGAAGGGCUCACCCUGGCCAAGUUGAUGAUCAUGGCCAAUUCGAAAGAGCCAGCUGACGUCUCACUACCCUCCUGGCUCUCAAUGACUUCUCAUGAAUCCGCUAUGUCUCCUAUGAUGGUUCACCCCAGCCAGCUGUCCUUGCUGGAGAGGCCACCAGUGGUAGUAAGAGAGCAGCCAGAGUCUCAGAUCUCGGUGAAGGAGAACACACAGCAAUGGACAGACAGGGAACUACCCUGGGACCCAGAGGGGCCUUCUAAGGUUCCUCUCUACUCUGUGCCUACCUCUGGCAGCAGGGAAAAUGCCAAUAAACCCCAUGUUCCCAUCCCCCUGCCUGCCUCUGGAUGGGAGAACCUGUCACAACCUCCUCUCCCAGCAUCCCCCAUCUCCAGAAGGGAGGCCACAGCCAGAGUGCCACCGCAGCCUUUGAGGAAGCCUCAAGGACCCAUGAGGAUCCUGAAGCAGCAUCCUGUGGCCACAACGGGGUCAUCCUCAAACAUUCUCCUACCCAUGCUCUUAGAAAUUAAGAGUAUAAGGGACAUGGCCUCCAAGGCGGAGAUGGAAAACAAGGAAUUGGGCAACUUUCCUCCUUCAGCCAGGUAUACAGGGUUAGCAGAUAACAUUUAA